GGUACCACAGUACGACUCGCGACAUUCCCAAAAGACCAACAGCAUGUAGAAUAGGGCCGACGCGCGAAUUUUUCUUUUCUACACAAAUUGGGCAAAGUUUGAGUUUCACUCGAUCCGUUGGCUUAUCAAGCGUUAAUUGCCGAAGAACUUUCUAAUUUGAAUUUCGCGAUCAGUACUGAUUUGUGUAGGAAAGUCGGCUCCCAGUGACAAUGACACGAAAAUGUGCCUAGUGAGUAGUGAUCUGUGAUAUAGUGACUGGGAUACGCGUACCUAAACAGGUAAGCGGGAAAUCGCCCGUUUACAUAACUGUCAAAGCUGCAUCUCCACACUGUUUGAUUCGAAAGAAAGAAUGAACUGCCAAAUCGUACUCUUAGUCACCUCAUUGAUGAGCGCAUGUGCCACUUAUGACAUUCAUAAGUUGAUGACAGUGGAUGAAAUCAGGAGCACGUUUCACGUAGACAGACACGACUUAGUUCCAGAUUAUGAAAUCGUACACAUACACCAUCAACCCAAACGAAGAGAAAUCCCCUCGCGUCCAUCACCCGAGUCCGACAACCUCAUCGACGUCGACGACUCGAAAUUCGAAGAGCCGAAAACGGAACUGAAACUGAAAGUUUUCGGGAAAGACUUAAACCUAACCCUCGUACCAAACCGCGACCUGUUCAAGAAAAACAAGCUGAAAAUAUGGACCGUGGAGCCCAACGCCACCGCCCAGCAUGGAGUGGAAUACGUAGAACUACCACAGACCGACGACGAAGACAUCGGCGACAUCUACCAGGACGAAGAGCACCAAGCCGCCAUCUUACUGCGGAACCUCAACGACACCGUGAUCGUGGAGGGCAGUAUAGGGUCGGACCUGGUCAUCAGACCCAUCCCGCCCCGAUUACUCAAGAAGGAAAAGCCCACAGACGAUGACGAAAUGUUCUUGGAUGCCGAUGGUGAGCUCAGUUCGGAAGUUGCAAUAGACACGGGGCUGCCCAUUAAGAGGAAAAAGCAGCAAAUACAAGGCCAUCGACACAUCGUGUACAAAAGGAACGGAAAUCAAGAAGAUACAAUGAGCGAUUACGCCUUCAUGGAACCCGACCAUCUGGCCAAAAGACACAAGCGUAACGUGCGUACGAAACGGACGAAACGGGAAGCCCCAUAUACCAUCUACCCAGAAAUUUUGGUCAUCGUGGACUACGACGGGUAUCGUCUCCAUGGAGGCGACAACCUCCAAAUCAAACGGUACUUCGUGUCGUUCUGGAACGGCGUGGACAUGAGAUACAAGUUACUCAAAGGACCAAAAAUAAGGGUCUCGAUCGCCGGGAUUAUCAUCAGUAGAGGCCGGGACGCCACCCCCUACUUGGAGCGCAACCGCGUGGGUCGCGACGCCAUCGACUCCGCCGCCGCCCUCACCGACAUGGGGAAGUACCUGUUCCGGGAGCGCCGCCUCCCCGUCUACGACAUCGCCGUCGCUAUUACAAAACUAGACAUGUGCAGAAGGUCGUACCCCAACGAUGUCUGCAAUCGCGGCACGGCAGGAUUCGCCUACGUCGGAGGAGCUUGCGUUGUUAAUAAGCGCCUCGAGAAGGUCAACUCCGUGGCUAUCAUCGAAGACACGGGUGGAUUUAGCGGGAUUAUCGUAGCAGCCCACGAAGUAGGCCAUCUAUUAGGGGCAGUUCACGACGGAAGUCCUCCACCAUCGUACCUCGGGGGACCCGGUGCCGAGAAAUGCCAAUGGACCGAUGGGUACAUCAUGUCGGACCUUAGGCACACGGAAAGGGGCUUCCGGUGGUCGCCGUGCAGUGUCUCCAGCUUCCACCAUUUCCUCAAUGGGGACACGGCGACGUGCCUCUACAACGUCCCUCACGAAGACGACAGCCUCCCACGGGUGCUCCCCGGCAAGCUCCUGACCCUGGACGCCCAGUGUCGCCGAGACCGAGGAACCAGCGCUUGUUUCAAAGACGACAGGGUCUGCGCCCAGCUCUUCUGCUUCGACGCUGGUAGCGGCUACUGCGUGGCGUAUCGACCCGCGGCCGAAGGGUCGCCGUGCGGCGAUGGACAGUACUGCCUCAACGGGCGCUGCGUGGCCGAGCACGAGAACAUCAUACCCGACUACACCCAGAACACGCCGUCUUACAUCAGAAACGGAAACAACCAGGGUCGGCCUUUGUUCCACGAGGACGAAGAGGAAACGCCAAACUCACACAAUGAUUACACAACACACCCCUAUUCCACCCAGUCCCCGUUCCACCACUUCACCCCUUCGAGAUUCAACAGCCCCUUUUCGACCACCAAGUCCCCCUACGAUUUUAACAGUUUCGCCCGCCAUUUCACGAGUCAAAACCCCUAUCAAGGCACGAAGAGCUACUUCGGCCAAACCACCCCCAACCCCUACGUGGGGAAUUAUUAUCAGUUGAGGCGGCAGACGACUAAGAGCCCUUACGAUUUCGCUAAUUUUGGAAGAAACACUUACGAUAUUAGUAAUAACGAUCUAAAGCGGUCGUAUAACCCGGCUAGUUAUUUCAGCGAUAGUAGUAAUGUGAGAAAUAAAAGCGCCCUGGGUAGUAGGGGGAGAUAAGGUUAGGAAAACUGGCCGAAAGCGCUGCAAAUCAAACAAAUACGUAAGUUUUAAGGUGUGUCCAGAAAGCCCCACCUGUGGACAGUUUAGUGCCUUAGCGAAGUGAUGAUGAAAAUGGACUUUCAACACGUAUUGUUAAAUUAAUAGUAGCCGUAGUACCAUAGAAUAUUUGCUAUAUUUGUAAUGUAAAUAGUGCGUAUGUUUAAAUAUACUGCCAAUUCAUAGCAUCAUUAGAACACGUAUUGUGAUGACCUAUUUAUAAAUGUACUAUAUUUAUCGAAAAGGCAGAGUGCAAUUUUGUAAUAAGCAAAAUUUUUACAAUUGUUGUUAUUUAAAAAAAUAAAACCUAAAGAAUUCGUAGUUAAGUUCCUACCACCUUUGUAAAUUAUAGUAAUUAAGUAGGACGCCACUGUAAAAUAAAUGUGUAUUAUAGUGAGUAUUAAAAAACCAAUAGCCACAA